GCCGGGUCGCCCCCACUCACGUCUAAGUACCAAAACAUCCACGAAUGAUUGUCAUGCAUCCACAUGUUAGCGAUCUGCAUUCAAUGAUCGGCACCACAUGGGGUUCCCGGCCGCACCUUGGUGCUUGUUGGUGGUAGCAAAGUGGUAAGUGGUUGACUUAUACUCUAUCCUCUGCACAACAAACCUUCAUUCAUUCUCUAGAAGAUAUUUCCUGGAUGCUAGCUGGCUAACUGGUUUGCCAGAUAGAUAAUCGCUCCAAGAUGGUGUUCCUGCCGAAGCAUGCCGUCAUGAUGUUGCUCCUUUUCUUAUUGGAAGCAAACUUGGAAUUGUGUCAAGCCAUUCCGCGUCCUCAAAGAUUGCGCAAAGGGGAGUCGUCCUCGAAAGCUCCACCUUCCAAGACCGCUAUGAAGGACAUAAAGAAACAUGCCACCAAGAAAGAAAGUCAGUUGAAGACUGAUCAAGACGAGGCUGAUUUUUUCCAUCAGUACAUUGUCCGCCUCUUGGAUGGAGAUACACAAAGUAUGCCGCCACCACCUUCCAAGGACGACGAAGAUUCCGAUGAAGACCCCGUCGAUAGUACUGGUCCACCAGCGGAAGAUGGCACAUCGGCUCCAACCUCGAGCCCAGUGGCUAGUGCUAGUACCACGACCGAGCGCACCGCCUGGCCUCAUACGCUUUCAGAUAUUCCCUUGGAUACAAGAGUUAUGGUUGGAGAGCUUCCAAAUAAACUGCGUUACAUGGCUCUAGAGAACAGUGAGCCUCCGGGGCGACUUGAACUGCGACUUCAUGUGGAUGCUGGCUCCUUGGAGGAGCGAGAAGGGGAAGAAGGAAUGGCACACUUCCUGGAGCAUCUAGCGUUUCAGUCUCUGAAGAGUUUUCCGGGUUUGAACGUGCUGGAGGAAUUGCUGAAGUUGGGCAUCGAUGCACAAUCAUACCACAGCAACGCGUACACGACGCAUAACGAAGUUGUGUACAGACUGACAGUGCCACAGCUGGACAACAAGACCAUUGAUACUUGUUUCAAGGUGAUGCGAGACUAUGCGGAUGGCAUGCUGCUGCUCGAGGAUGAAAUCAACACGGAACGAGGAGUCGUCCUAUCUGAGAAACAGGACCUAGCAUCAGUUGAGGAAAGGAUCUGGGACCGAUACUUUCCAUGGUCAUUGCCGGACAACCUACUUACUAUUCGGUUUCCCAUCGGGUUGGAGGAAUCCAUCAACGCGUUUACAAGACAGCAGUUUGUGGAAUUCUACAAGAGACUCUACACGUCUCAAUACAUUACCUUCAUUGUGGUUGGAGACAUGAACACAACUGCCAUGGAAGAUCUAAUUGUCCAAUACUUUGGUUCCAUGGAUUAUGCAGGUGAAAGGAAUCCGCUACCAGACUAUGGGACAAUACCAGUUGGGGUUGGCCUACGGACUGCUGUUUUUGCGGAAGACGAGUUGCAAGGCGAUUAUUUAUACCUUGAGAGCUUUAAAUCUGGUACUGAGGAUGGAGCGGAGGAGCUUGACACCAUGGAGAGACGCGAAAAACGGAUGAAGACGAAUGUUUGCAACACCAUCCUUCAAACGAGGUUGCAAGCCAUGAGCAGCAAUGCCUCAUCACCGAUUGCUUGGGGGGGCGCCUACGUUGACCGAUGGUAUGAUGUGGUAGAGUUUUUGGAUGUUUGGGUACAACCCAAAGAAGAACUCUGGGAGGAGGCUGUGGCAGUUAUAGAGCAAGAGUUGAGAAGAGCAACAACUUAUGGCUUUCUACCAUCCGAGGUUGACACAGUCAAAUCAGACAUACUAAACAGUUACGAGCAGAGUGUUCUGUCCAAGGAUACAAGGGAGAGCUAUGAUAUGGCGGAUGGUUUGAGGGAUAGUAUAAACGGCAACAAUGUUGUGUCCACUCCCGAAGAGAACUUGCGGAUUGCGGCCUUGGUGCUUGACAAAAUAACUCCGGAUGCGUUGCUUGAGCACUACAAUUCAUACUGGUGGAACACAGGUGACAUAAAUCUGUACUACACUUCAUCCACUAUCAGCAUGGACGAAGCCGAAGCUGCUCAAAGAUUGGAAGAUCUAUAUCUUGAGAGCCAGCUAGCUGAAGUGGAUCCUCCAGUUGAGCCUAAAAAUGUUUCUUUUGCCUACACUGAUUUUGGCCCCCCUGGCACUGUUGUAUCUGACACCUUGGUGGAUGACCUCGAUAUUCGACAAUUGAAACUCUCCAACAAUGUCCGUGUCAACAUGAAAACAACAGAAUUUGAUGAUGGAGUUAUUGAAAUUGUCGCUCGCUUUGGCACAGGAACACUUGGACAGCCACGCGAUGCAACCCAUUUGGAUGAAUUUUCAGCAUAUAUGAUCAAUUGGGGUGGCCUAGGUGAGCAUAGCUGGGAGGAAUUGGACCGAGUCUUGGCAGGACGGACUUGGGGUGCGUCAUUUCAGGUACAACAGGGGGCAUUCGUUUUGAGAGGCGUAACCAAUCCAGAUGACCUGGAACUGCAAUUACAGGUAUUGGCAGCGCAUCUUGUUGACCCAGGGUACCGUGAUGAGGCAGUGGGCUGGUGGGAGUCAGACUCUGGUGCUAGCCUCAACUAUCUUCAAAACACUCUAUAUGGCACUUACAACCAUGAGAUGUAUGGAUGGCUCCUGGGUGGAGACCAGCGAUUCACAGAGCCAACAGAGGAGGACUUUUUUGCAUAUGAUGCCUCGCAUGCCAGGGAAUGGCUCGAACCGCAGCUGGAAAACAGCUAUUUGGAGAUCAGUUUGGUUGGCGACCUGGAUCAGACAGAGGCAAUCAGCCUGCUACUGGAAACCAUUGGAGCUCUUCCAGUGCGCUCAGAUACACCCCCUCAAUUUACAGCUGAAGAUCGUGCCAUCAAUCGCCCAUCUGCACCUCAGGAAAAAGUCAUUCCCUACGAGUCAACAAUUCCCAAUGCAGCCGUGAUGUUGACUUGGAGCAUCCCUGCCUUACUUGGAGCAAAUGUCACAGAAUUCCGCCAUUUGCAGGUCCUUGCUGCCAUUCUAGAUGCUCGGGCAUACGAUAAGAUUCGAGAGGAACUUGGCAGUGCAUAUGCCCCGCAGGCAUUCGCAGACUUUUCCAGUGAUUUUGACUAUGGCUACAUGUUUCUUUAUUCAGAAGGGCUUCCCGAAGAGAUGAAUCCUUUGGCUGAUGUGAUGGUGGCAAUGACAGAGGACAUCACAAGCUCUGGAGGCAGCAUCACGGAGGAAGAAGUGGUUCAAGCUGUCCUCCCGAUCCAGUCAAGGUACCAGGAAUCCCUUCGAUCAAACAGCUACUGGCUCAACGCUGUUCUGCAGGAAUCACAGGCAGAACCUUUUGAACUGGAUUGGGCGAGAACAUACAUCGAUGACUAUAAUUCUGUCACUGCUGAUGCUUUGAAUGCCAUGGCUGUUCAGUACUUGGCUCUGGACAAGGCCAUACAAAUCACCUUGCUGCCUGUCGAUGACGUUUCUGUUUUCUAGUUUUCUAGUUUUCUAGUAAUAACCCAAUCAGUACAGUGUCACAUCAGUUC